AUGGAAAAAGAUACGGGCCAUUUUUGUUAUGACCCCUACCCUACUGUCUCCAAACAGAACACAAGUUCGCUGAAUGGUGACCCUAGCAAGAAGACUAAAGAAGCGAAAUGCUGUUGCUGCUUCGGCAAGAGAACGAAAAGAAGAAGUAAAGCCUUUUUAGCAGGACUGGCCACCAACUUAGUGAUAUUCCUGGCCAUCGAAGGAGGCAGCAGCUAUCAGCACCAAAUCCUAGCAACGACUUCACUCUCCACGAAUAUCAACAACCACAAGAAGCAUACCAACCAAAGCAACCAGAGCAACCAGAGCGUCGACAUGAAGGCAAGAACUGACGAGGCUCGAGCAAAAACCGUUGAGAAUAUAUGGGAUAUCACUGUUAGUCUGAAUAUUUUGUACAGAGACAAUUGGACCCGACUAGCAGCAGAGGAGAUCACAAGAUUCCAAGAGGAGAUCCUGAAAACAAUGGCAGAGGAGAUGGCGCUGCAACAACCCCUUCAAGUGGCUAACCAUCGAGAAAAGCACCAUCCAGAUCCCUACGAAUGGAGUUUCGCGAAAGCUUUCCUCUACUCUCUGACUGUGCUCACAACGAUCGGUGAGUAA